ACAACCGCACCUACCGCCUCGGAUUGACAGGCGCGGCCUUCAAUCGACAAGCAGCCGCGCUGUGAUUGACGUGGAGCAUGCCCGGGCCUUCCGGUAAUGGAGCCAAUCACAGACAGGCGGGCGGAGUUCCCGCUCUCUCCCCUCCCCAGGCUUGGUUGAGAGACUGGCCGCUAGCCCCGCCCCCCCUGUGCCGGUCUUACGGGGGCUGCUGUGUAACAAACCACUCAGCGUCGACGUAAUGCGUUUGUGUUUAAUCACACGGUUUGAAAUCUGGUGGUGGUGCAAAGCUACUACAGUUUGCUAGGUUUGAGAGAUGAACACUGAUAUUUCGCUCAUGUCUCGGAUCACCACUGAUAGUGAUGGGGAUACCAUGCAGACGUUGAAGUUUGGCGGCUGUCACCAGAAAGACCCCCCGUUUAAUAAGGUGCGGAAUUUCACUGACAACCAUUUGCGAUCUCCACCUGGCAGUAAGAACCUGAUGGAUGAGCUCGAGGUCAUCAAGUUCCACAUUGAAGUCCAAACCAGAACCAUUGAAUCCUUGAACCAAACAGUGAGCCUCCUGGCAAAGGAGCGAAGCCACCAUCAGCAGCAGAUCCGACUACUGGAGGGUAGGACCUGGAUCUCUAAAAUGUACACAGGCCAGGCAGCUGAAGUGAGGAGACUGAGCAUGAGCAGUAAUAUUGAAGAGGACAGGAUUAAUUUAGUGAUAGACAGAAAAAUUGAAGACUGGAAGAAAGAACUGUCCUCAAGCCUGACCAAAAUACAGGAGCCAGUCCAGCAAAUGGAGAACCAAGUCCAGACAACAGACUCCAGCAACCACACUGAAGAACUCGCUGCAGAAAUACACGAGAGUAAAAAAUUUCUAUGGGAGGAAUGUGAAUCAUUGCGGAAAGAGAUAGAACAAAUUAACCGAAAGCUAACUAUUCAAGAGGAUGAUCUGUUGAGCAGUUUGACAGAUUGCAAAAUACUCAGACAAAAUCAGAAGAAAUAUAAUCAGAUUCUAGAGAGACUAAUACAGAGAUGCAGACAAGUACAAUCACUGGAUCCUGAACAGGAAUUGAAAGACAUUAAAUUAGCAAUGAUUGAUAUGCAGGAGCAGAUUCAGAACCUUUGUUAUUCCAACAAACAAAACAAUACCAUUGCCAGAAUUAAGAGAGGCCAAAGUAUUGAGUGCACCAGGAAAGAGCUGAUGGUGAAACAUAUGUCCAAUGCCUCAGAUUCUGAUACUGACACAUGGUAAAAGCCGUCUAAUAACUUCUGAUAGCCACUGCGGGGAAUACCAUCAUCCAAUGACCCAGCUGCCUGAACAGCAUCCCAAACAGAUGCAAAAGGCAGACCAGGAACCACAAGCUUUAAUAAAAUUAAUUACAUAAAUC